AUGCUUCUUUUUCUAGUAUUGUUGGCUAGCGUUUCUGCUUCAAGCAUCCAUGAUAUUUUUACACAGAAGAUUCUGACAGCCCCAGAAGUAGACGCCUUCGAUGAUAUCACAAACUCAAUGCUUGAGCAUGGAGUGGUGAGAGUAAAAGAGGACAAUUCCAUAAUCGUUUCGGAAUACUUGCUUGAGUUGUUCUCCCUGAAUAACUUGGAAGAGUCACUCAAGUAUGAAAUAGGCUUUGCGAGUUAUCUUACGGGACAAAAUAGGUUUGUUCAAACCAGUUUCAAGAAUAGCCAGUUCAUAUCGAUUGAGAGCUCGUGGCUGCCUCUAAGUGGCUGCAUCGACAACACACGCUGCAAUACAACAACAAGUGUUAGUCGGCUGUUGGAAGUUAAAACACUGAACAGCUUUGGCCCAUCCAUCACCUUCUCCUUGUUCGGUAUGGGCUUCGCUAUGGACCCAAGAAUCAGCUCAGGCCAUGUCCUUGGCUCAAAGUUCACUUGCGACGUCAAGCCGGGAGAUGUGUUGCAGAUGUUUCAACGAGAGCAUCGAGUUGUUGUGAACAAUGUCAAGCAGAGGAGGUUCGAGAUUGAGAGUUGGUGGAAGCGUCCGCUCCGACUCUUGAGAGUCAAUGAAUGGGAGCCUGUGGAGGGAAAAAGUAUCUCCUACUGGCAGAGCUCUUCCACCGCCUGCGUUACCGAUCCGCAAAAGUUGAGAUGUGAAGAGUGA